AUGAAAGGUGAAUCAAUGGAUGAAAUAUUAAAAUGUGAAAAUUCUCUUGAAGAAUUAUGGAUGAAAUUAUUAGGAAAAUAUUCACGUUUUAUUGCAAGGAACCCAUGGCCUUUCAUCGUUGCUCCGUGUAUAUUUACAGCAAUAUUAUCAACGGGAAUAAUAUAUAAAUUUGAGAUUAUCCGAGGAAUCGAUUAUUUAUAUUCUCCUAUUAAUGCGAAGUGGAAAGCAGAAGAAAGAGUGUUCUAUGAAAAUUGGGCAUCAUCUGAUCGACUGUUUUAUCCUGGUAAAGAUGUUCUAAGGCGGAAAAGUUUGUAUUUGAUAAUCGAAUCAAAGGAUCAAGAGAAUGUAUUGAGGCCAUCGAUAGCAAAUGAUUUUAUAAAUUUAUUGGAUUGGAUAGUCGACGUGAAAAUAAUUUCAACUGAUGGCACUGAAUAUACCUAUCGAGAUAUAUGUUUGAGAUUUCAAAAUGAUUGUUUUAUGAAUGCUCAUGCAAGAUUGAUUGCUGACAUUUACAGAAAAGGAGAUCAAAGUAGAUUUAAUAUAACUUAUCCAAUAUUUCAAUCGAAAUAUCGAACAGAGCCGAUUGACUUAUCAAAAACGCUUGGAAAUAUUAAAGUUAAUUCAAAUGGCCAUUUAAUUAGUGCAACUGCAUGGCUCAUUCUUUAUCAGUUUCAACAAGAUAACAAUGAUACUAGAAAACUCAGCUCGGAAUUUGAAAUAAAUAUAUGUGAAAAAAUAAAAAAUAAUCAAAUACCGACUUCCCUUUUAAAUAUUUAUUAUUUUCAUUCCAAUACUUUUGAAAUGGAAUUGAAGCAAAGUAAUUUACGACUUCUUCCGAGCUUCAUUUUAACAUUUAUAAUAUUAGUAACAUUUUCUAUAUUAUCAACGUUUAACUUAAAAUGUUUAACAUUAUUUGGUCAACCUGUAAUAAUAAUCGACUGGAUUUUAUCGAAACCACUAAUGGGUAUCAUUGGUGUUCUAACAACUCUUAUGGCUAUUAUAUCAGCUAUAGGACUUUUAUUAUUAAUGAAUGUAACAUUUGUCGAUAUGGCGACAGUAAUGCCUUUUUUAAGCUUAACAAUUGGUAUUGAUGAUACUUUUUUAAUAUUGGCUGCAUGGCAUGAAACAAGUCGCACAAUGUCUGUCUAUGAUCGAAUUGAAAAAUGCAUGAAGCAUGCAGCCGCAUCUAUAACCAUUACAUCGAUUACUGACGCUAUUGCUUUCUUGAUUGGAGCCAUCGCACCUUUGCCUGCUGUGAUUUACUUUUGUUAUUAUUCAUCGGUUGCAAUUGUUUUUAUUUUUCUUUAUUCGAUGACAAUAUUUAUCGGAUUUCUCUCGAUUCAAGGACAAUGGGAAGAUGAAAAUCGAAAUAAUCUUUUUUAUUACGAAACUAUAGAUUUCGACAAAAUCGACAUUUAUUCGCCGACGAUAUCUUCGUUAUCAUUCCAGUUUAUAUCUCUAAUAAUAUUCGUUAUAUAUAUUAUUUUUGCUACUAAUGGGAUUGGAAGACUUCGUGUUGGCUUCGAUGUAAUUUUUCAUUUUCUUAUUUGUUUUUCCGAAAUUUUAUUGAUCGAUGUUAUACAAAAAGAUUCACCGUCAAGACGAUUUUUAGAAGUUCGAUCAAAAUUAUUUGUGUCUGAUAUUAAUAGUGUUGACAUAGCUGUUAUAAAUGCACCUAACAUGGCAAUUAAUCAUGAGAGAAUUAAAUUUCUAAAUAUUGUGAACAAAUUUUCUAAAGCUAAUUGUACGCAACACGGUAAUAAUUCUAUAGAUUUUUGGUAUUUUGGAUAUAAAGAUUAUAUUGAUCAACUCGGUUUUGAAUUUGAUGGUAAUCUCGAACCAUUUUUAAUGUCGAAUGAUAAAUAUAAAUAUGAUAUUUUAUACAACAGUUCCACUAAAACUAUACAGUCAUUUCGUUUUAAUAUUCUACUGAAAUCCGAUAUGAAUGAUAAUGAAAUUGUUAAAUGUGCGAAUGAAUUAAGGUCUACUGCUUUAAGUCAAAAAUUGCUUUUAUCCAAAUACUUUUUGGCAGAUGACUUUAUUAUUUGGCCACAAACAUUACAGGAUUUGUAUAUAUCAAUUAUUGUAAUGAUGUUAAUAUCAUUGGUAUUAAUUCGCAAGGCUAUUUGCUCUUUAAUAAUUUCAAUGAAUAUUAUAUCGAUAUCAGUUGGUAUAAUUGGUUAUAUGGCCUGGCUAAAUAUAAGAUUAGAUGCAUCGUCGAUGAUAACUAUCGCUAUGUCGGUUGGAUUUAGUGUUGAUUUUGCAGCACACAUCACAUUUGCUUAUAUUAGUCAACACACUAAUCAAAUCAAUGCUCCAUAUGGAAGGCUAACUAAAACUCUUGGAACUGUUGGAUGGCCGGUCAUACAAGCUUCAUUAUCCGUCUUUCUUGGAAUCCUACCAUUAAGAUUUGUUGACUCAGUUAUUGUUCAAACAUGCUUUAAAACGGUUGCACUUGUUAUAUGCUUAGGUACACUUCAUGCAUUAUUAUUUUUACCAUUAUUUCUUAUGAAUUUACAUUUGUUAUGCAUAAAGUUUUUCGGUGAAAAAUGCCAAAUUUUCUAA